AUGUCGUCAACUUUCCCUCAACCAACUGAAGCCAGAAAACAAGAAUUAAUCACCAACUACAACAAUACUUUACAACAAGUACAAUCCCUCAAUCCAAAAGUUAAUUUGGUGGCAGUUUCUAAAUUGAAACCUUCCUCGGAUAUAAUGGCUCUAUAUUCAAUAGGAGUACGUCAUUUUGGAGAGAAUUAUGUUCAAGAAUUGAUAAGCAAAUCACAAGAACUUCCACCUGAUAUCAAAUGGCAUUUUAUUGGGGGAUUACAAUCAGGUAAAGCUAAAGAUUUAAGUAAACAUGUUAAAAAUUUAUAUGCCGUAGAAACCAUUGAUUCAUUAAAGAAAUGUAAACAAUUAGAUAAUACAAGAAAUAAAAUUGAUGGUAGUGAUGAUAUAAAUGUUUUUUUACAAGUUAAUACAUCAGGAGAAGAACAAAAAUCGGGGUUUCAAAAUUUACAAGAUAUUGAAUCUACAGUGGAAUUUUUAUUAUCAUCAGAUUGUAAAAAAUUGAAAUUUUUAGGAUUAAUGACCAUUGGCUCAUUUAAUGAAUCUAUUUCCAAUGAAGGGGAAAAUCAAGAUUUCAAGAAAUUAGUAGAAAUGAAACAAAUUUUGGAUUCUAAAUAUAAUUUGAAUCUUGAAUUGAGUAUGGGAAUGAGUAGUGAUUUUGAACAAGCUAUUAAACAAGGAAGUACAAGUGUUAGAGUAGGAACAACAAUAUUUGGUUCUAGACCACCGAAACAACAGAAAUGA